UUCGCGGUAUUCAUGCCAUUCAUUCUACGAUCAUCGUUUCCCAUUCAUUCCAUUCAUUUCAGCAGUGCACGUUGGUGCGAGUGGAUGCGCGUCGUGUUUGCUCCGCGAGCUCCGUACACCAAGAAAUGGUUUUUGUUUUGUUUUCUUUCGGCAAGCAGUGAAAGUGUGCAAAGAAUUUUAUGUUUUGUUUAAAACAAAUAGCCAAUUCAAAUUUUUAGUGUUUAUAACGCCAAUCAAGCAAAACUGCGAUCACGCUUCAUCUAUACGCGAUCUGCGAACGCACACCGAAGUGCGUGCGACGGAAAGGCUCCAAAAUAAAAAAAAUCAAAAUACGAUACUCCUUUUCCGGUGAAGGCGCAGGGACACGGUGACGCCAACAACGUAUGGCCAUCCACCUCGUCUGGCGUUCUUGUUUAUGAGUUUUGUGCUGAGUUUUUCGCGUCUUCUCACUCCCUUCGAUCGGCAUAUCGGCACGUUUUCUCGUUUCCUUUUUUUUCGGCAAUCGAAAGAAUCUUUCUUCGGCGUUUAUCUUCUUGUAGUGUGGUUUGGUGUGUGAGUCAGACAAAAAAGUAGCUUCAAACCACUAAGUGCGUUCAGUACUGCGUGCCUUUCGGUCCCAAUUUGGGGGCCGGGCGACGCACCAUAUCGUCGCGAAAGCCGCGAAACGUGUGCUCGGGACGUGCGAUAACCCGUGAUACAGCAACAACAAAAAAGGGGUUGGUGAAUGAUGAGGGUGUACGGAGCGAUGUUCGAUAUGGAGAAAGGCCAACAUGGUUCUGCUCUUCGCAAUUCGUACCCUUUGACGACGGUGCAAAUGCGUGCGUAUUAAGUGAUCUUGCGCGCCGAGUUCUGUAUGUGUGAGCGAAAAUUAGCGCUCCAAAUUAGUGCCCAUUGUACCAAGAAGGGGUUUUCGCAAAAUUGCAAUGCAACCAGCUACCAUUAAAGUGCAAUGGUCGCCGUGAAUGUGGUGCGUUGUGCAAUAUAGCAAGCUAAAGUCUGCCAAAAAUUAUGCUCUUCCUGGUGGUGAGUCAGUGUACGAUCGCGAGUCAGUGUAAGACGACCGGAAGACGCAUCUGCUAGUCGCACUGAUAGUGGUAUUAACACAACCCCUUUCGGGAACGGGUGCAGUUGUUGUGGUUGAUUGUGUGGGAAAAGCGAGUCGAUUCCACCUCGCGCAAAAAAAACGUGAAAAGCCCAACGAAAGUGAUCAUUGGUAAACUUACAGACCAAUGGAAAAAAAGAUUGAUUCCUUACGGUGAGAAAGAAAGAUCAUGCGUAAAGUGCGAUAAUUUGCUCAUCCCGUGUUAGCGCUUGUGUGUUGAAAAUUAGCGCCCCGAAAACACCGGAAAAACGAAUCCCUUCCUCGUCCUCGUCGGGACCACGGGGUUUGUGGUGAAAGAAAACGGAAAAACAAAACUUCGAUCGAGGUUUAAUUGAAAGUGUAUGCCUGUGUGCGUGUAUAAGGGGAAACCGUGAUGAGCGAGAUUUGUUCCGAUCGUUCGCACUAUCUUCCAGUACACAAACAACACAUCCAACCAAGACGACCAAUUACAUCAUAUCAUCUUCCAGCGUAUGUGGUGGCUGUAAAGCAUAAAAUCUCUUCGGUUUUGUUUGCCCGAGAACAGUGUACUUCGCAGUGUAGGGCCCAGCGGCCCACUAUCAGCACUUUUCAGCUCCCGCCGAGCGGAAGACACAGCCCCCGGGUUCUGUAGCGCAUUGUUGUGAAAGUGUAUCACCGCCCGUACGGAGGGAAUAGGAAACCAAACGGAAAAGAUCAGAAACAGGAAAAGGCAGUACGGGAUCUUCAUUGCAGCGCUGUAUAGGGAAGGAAACCAUCAGGCCUUUCACCUCACGUUCUUCUCCAUCGAAAAACAUGGUGUGGCCAAUGCUACUGUUUAUGUUGAUCGGCUGCAGCUCGAUUAUGCUGCCCGGUGCUUCGGCGGAACAUCAUAACAUGUCACACACGAAAGACUGUACCCGUUUUCACGAACAAUGCGUUCGCUGCACCGAAACUGGCUGCAUCAAAUGUACGGAAGUCCUUCGCAUCGAUACCGGCGAAUGUUUGUCCGAAUGCCCGAGUGGUUACGGUGCACAAUGGUCUACUAGCAGCGAGUUUAUGGGCCUUGUUUGCCAUCCGGUGGGAAUGUCCGGUUCGUUCAUGGCCGCUAUCGUCGGGAUCAUCGCCGGUGCCAUUCUGUGCGUGGUGCUAAUCGUGGGUGUCAUGGCCGUACUGAGGCGUCGGCAAAAGCGCAAAAAGUAUCGCGAAUCGUUCAUCGAUGAAAACAUCGAUCGUCUUGAGUUCCUGCGACAGCUGGAAGAGCUACGGCCCCAGGCAGAAUAUUUCUUGCAAAUGCUGAAUGACACUAGGCGUCAGAUACGGAAACUGCAUCUGGCCGGUGACAGUGCUGGUGCUGCCACUUACCAUCCGGUCGUGCGCGAUCUGGCCAAGAUACUGAUUCUGCUCAACAAACCGAUCGAGCUGAUCAAUGCGCCACCCCACGACUGGCAACGUUUGUACGUGUGGGCCGAACGUGUGCUCGAUCGGUACAAGCCGGAAUUAGCACAGCUGAUCGAGUUCCUGCAGCAACCUUCUGCCUCCGAUCCGCGGUUAGGUUCAUCGGACCAUUCCACCUUCAAGUCGGCCUACCAUCAGCACGCGCCAGGAACAAACCUAUCGCCUAGCCUGAGCCAAAAGAACGAGCGCAAUCUACUGCAGCCGGAAUUAAUUCAGCUACAGAAGCAUCGAACGCUACCGACCAUGCAAACAACGCAUCAUUUCCUGGGUUCGCUGAUCAGUUUGCACGAGUUUGACGAACGAUCAUCGCACACGACUGACACCAGCUCCAACCAUCAUUCGACGACUGGGGUGGUUAGUGGGAGCGGCGGAGGUGGAGGUGGUGGUGGCAACAAUCCGUUUGAUGAUACGUUCGAUCACGUGCGUACGUAUCUGUCCACGUCCGGCAUGAACGACAGUUCGCUCUGGUUGCAGGAUGAGUUCUUUAAGCUGGGCUUUCGGCCACAAGAUGAAAUCACAACUGAACUAUGAUCAUCGUACAAGGCAGAGUCCAUACAACGACACCAUUCCAGUGCAAAUCGAGACAAGGAAGGAUACGGGAAGCAAUAUGUAUAUAAGCAAUAUAUAUCGUCAAAUAGCUGGUGCUAUCGAUCGUCGACAGGAUUACGAAACCGCAAACAAAACACGCACCCGGCAUUCGGCUUGCGUGCGCACUAGUCAGUUACGAGCGGUGCUUGAUCACGAGAGCUUCGUUCGACGGUAACGAAGUCAGGAUUAGAGCCAGAUCGGACAAUUAAUGGCGCAUGGGAGAGUAGUGUUUAAUCAAAAUUAGUUAGGAUUUGUAAGCGAUAUGUGCGAACAAUAUGUACUAACUAACGGGAAUGAAAUCGUGGAUACCAUGAUAAGAAUUAGUUUGCAGAAUUACAAUCAUCGCAUUUAAUGAUUGAACAAACGAACUAUUUAUGUGUCUGUUUUCUUUAAAAAAAAGAGCAUAGAAAAAUCACAGAAUACAUACAUAAAAUAGACGAUACCAAUGGCUUUGAUGAAUAAGAAAGAUUGAAUUAUUUAGCAAUAGUGUCUAGGUUUGGUAUUGUAUACGGCUUCCAAAACAAAUGUAUUUACUAAUUUAUCUGGGACCGAAUGCUGCGCUGCGUUAGUUUGUCCAUCUUGCACAAAUUAUGACUUGAAAACGGAAAUGAAAUACGUUUACAAUUACCCAUACGAAGGGGGUCCGAUGAAGCUAUUAUAAUAUUACGAACGAGAAAUAAAAACUUGUACGACAAAGUAAAUCGUUGAAACAAUAA